UGUACAUGUUUUCGUGCGCACGAAAUUCUGAAUAGGUAUGUCAUUAUUGCAGUGACAGUGAUUAGGUAGGUAUUUGUUGUUCAUAAGUGAAGUUCAAAGUUGUGUAAACGAGUUUAGUAAAUUGUAUUUCAAGAAGAACUAUAAAAAUGAUGGGAUUUACCAUAUAGAUUUUCAAAAUCAUCUUUUGACGAUUUUCGAUUUUCAUAAACAAUGAUUUUACCAAUGUCCGGUGGUUACGGAUGGGUUCCGAUAGAUCAACCGCACACGCUGUUGUGGGUGCCGUGCAAUUCUGGCGAUCCGUUGCCCAGGGGAGCUGUGCACGCGGGGACGGACAAGGGCGGCGACCCGUUGUACGCGGGUCGUGCUUUUUACGAAGGUGACUUGCUACCAGCAAAAAUAAACCCGAGUCAUUCGUCGGCAUACGUAUGCUGGGGAGGCAUGGAGCACGCCUUGAGCCACUUCGAGGUUUUAUGUCAUGCAAACGUGGCGUGGCAAACCGCUCAAGGAAACCAUAUUCCGCCAAACGCUAUUGUCAUAGGUUCUACCGUUGACGGGGAAAAACUUUACAUGGGCCGUACGCUUCAUGACGGAACAUUAACUCCUGGAAAAAUACAUCCCAGUCAUGGAACACUUUAUAUUCCAUAUAACGGAGAAGAAGUAUCCGUCACUGAGUAUGAAAUCAUGAUAUACCGGCCACCUAUGACCUUUAAUUAAAAGCCAUAAACACAGCAAUAUAAUAUUAUGUAAUAUUCUAAUAUAAAAUAUAUUUUUCAUUGUUUAAAAAAAAUAUAAUUACAUGCAUUAUUAAAUAGGUGGCUCAAUAAAUUAUAUAUAAGAAAAUAUUAUAUAAUAUAUUAAUAUGUGAAGACGUAUAAUUUAAAAUAGUUUUAUUAUGGUAGAAUAGUAGAUACAUCACUAUAUUAUAGUCACUACAUUCUUAUUUCUAACUAAUUAUAUAAUAUAAUGACAUUUAUGUACCUACUUACUAUAGUAACUAUAACUAUACGACUAUGACGUAUAAUCUGUAACUACCUGUGUAAUACGCCUUUUUGUGUUUUAAAAUGCUUAUAAUUUUUAAUACUAAUUAAUUAUCAUUUAUCACAAACAUUUUAUCCUAUCGAUGAUCAAAAAAUAUAUUUAUAGAUUUUUUAGUUCCUUUGAAUUUAUCUUUAAUGAUUCUAGAGUCUAAACUCUAGACUGAUGAUUUUUGAAUUGAAAUUAUAAAAAUGUUAUUUCAUAGGUACUUAUUUCAUGUUAUAGUAAUGCCUAAUGGAAUAUAAUUUAUAAAUAAUUAGGUAACUGAUAUAAUAUGUAGGUAUGUCAUAAAUGUCUGUAUAAAUAGACCGUGUGUGGUAACGAAAAAGCCUAGAUAUUAUGAUUAUAUUAUGGUAUUAUGGUUUAUUUUAAUAAAAAAAAAUCAAAAAUGAUCUUCAAUCAUA